CCAAAUGAAUAGUCUAGAAACAAAUGAGUCUGAUGCUGCUCCAGAAGCAUCACCCAACCGGAAUCCUUCGGUGGAUUCGGGUCCUCCUGGCUUUGUCAGGCUGAAAACCAAGCAAAAGAAGCUGCUGCGCAAGGCUCUUCAGAAAGGGCUGACCAGAGAAAAGGCUCUGGCGGUGGUGCAAGCUCUUCCCACAGUUAAGGGACUACUACCCGCUCCCUAUGGAAUCCAAAGCAGCAAUCCGUAUCCCUACUCGGUUUUAGUGCAGUGCGUGAGAAUCGGCUUGGCUGCGGAGUCUGCUGGGACUUCGCUGACCAGCGAGCAAAUGGACCAGAUCAAGGAGGCCAUUAUUGACGUCACCGUGGAGCAAGCCGGUAGCCAGAAGCCGCAGUUCGAAGGAUGUGUGGCUCGCAGAGGAUGGCUCCUCGUGACUUGUUCCAACUCCUCCACCUCCGAGUGGUUCAAACGAAACUUUUGCCACAUUCAGUCGAAAGUGACCACUAAACUGAAGUUAAUGGAUGAAACCGAACUGCCCAGGAAGAAUGUGGUCCUCGGUUACUUUCCAGAUAGUAUAGCCACAAGCAGCCAGAAGGUCCUGGAAAUCAUUCAGGCCCAGAACCCAGUCUCGACGGCGGAAUGGAGGGUUAUGAACAGGUUGAACCAGGGUGAGCUUCUGCAUCUGGCCAUGGCCGUUGACAAUGAAUCACACCAAAAACUGAUCGAACUAAACGGCACUAUAUCCUUCCGAUUCGGGCGUGUGAAACUUUGUAUGAAAACCCCUCUCGAAAGGAAAUCAGUACUAAAUGGUAAAGAGGAUGCAGCGCCAGAUGGAAGAUUCCGGGAGAAAGCUGCUGAAACUCGGGAAGUGGUGCCUGUACCUCAGGAACCAGUGAUCAGAAAUGGUAAUCCACGGAACCAAUGUAAUAAUCCUUGGCCCAGCCAUAAUAAUCCCAGGAUGCAAUGGAAUCAACAGCAGAUGCUCAGGUAUGAUCCUUACCAUCCCAGGGAACUUCCGUCGCACUCAGGUCCUGGCUAUUGGAAUGGAGGAGACAGGGGGCUUAGACCUCGAACUUGGCCAGGAAACUACUGAAGGACAGGAAGGUCUUUAAUCGACGAAACAUCUAUCUUAAGGAAGUACAGCGACUUCUCCAUUUUUAGCAACUCAAUUUGAGAUUACAAACGGCUGAAAGUAAAUAAAAACCUAUGAAUGCUCAUAGCCACGCCGAUUCAGCUGUUUU